CGGGGCCGGCUCAGUGUGGGCCUCUCGUGUUCGGGUACAGAUGUCGUUCGGAGUUGACGCCGCCGCCGUCGCCGCCGCUGCCGCCAUCGCCGCCGCGUACGACGCGUGUGCAACACCAGUCCGUCGCGGUCGCCGCUACGACUUACGCGCCCGCUGAAUGCAAGUCUAUAUAACGAUACACUGACCAGCCGAGAUACGCUCGAGCCAAGACAGUCGGACGCCGCCGACGUGACGACAGCCUGCACCUGCUAGCGAUAAAUUCCGUCGAGCAAACGGGUCGCCGUACAAAAUCGUCAUCGUUACUAAUAUUAUAAAUUGCCGGUCGUUCGAAACAUGCGCGCCGCCGCCGCCACUGCCGCCACCGUCCGAACACCCGCAGCAUCACGACACGAACAGCAAUGAUCGUCCCGUACCGCCGUUAUCCGUUACAAUGUCGUUCUCGUCAACUCGGCUACUGUACAAGAAAAAGACGUCAAUAGGAAUGACAUGAAAGUAAUUGUAUGUCGGUUUGGGGUACAGCCCCCAAGCGAUGGGAGAUAGCGUCGAUAACUACAUAAAUGCCACUGAAUCAGACAUCAUGAUUAAAAGACAAAUUAUUAGAGCCGAAUUUUAUAACACUUACGACGUGAUGACUGGAAUUAGGAUUGCAUCCACUUUAGGAGGAUUUUUUUUAAUGAUGGUUCUUUUAGUAUUGUACAAGAGUAAAUGUAAGACUCGGUCACUUUCUGACCAACAUCUCGAGGCGGUCAUCAAAGCAGCUGUGGACCAAGAAGAACAACUAGCUGCUUUGGCUAAAAGAAGUUCUAGCUCAAGCUAUUGCUCUGGCCAUGGUCUUUGUAGAUGUUCUCCGAGAUAUAGUAUGACAGAGAACGCUGUUGCUGAGUGUAAUAAUUGGAACCGUAAAGCUAAGACCUAUCUUUCAGAAACUCAAUAUCAUCAUCCAUAUUCGGCUUUAACUCAAACCAGCAACAAAUUUAUGAAAUCAUCCGUACUAGAGUACUCUUUUGAAGAGGACGAAGACGAUGACAUGGAUAACGAUGAUAUUGAGGAAGUAUCUAACAAUGGUUAUCGUGUGGCCAAGUGGCUGGAAGUACCAUGUGACCAGAAGUGGAUUCCAAGAGGAAAUAGCGCCAUAACGGUCAGUAGCAACGAUACGAGUUACUUGGAAGCUAGAGGAUCAUCGUUGAUUAUUGGACAGCCUCCAUCUCCGUUGAACCACCCACCGCCCGCCGGUUACCCGCCGUGGGAGUUCUACUAUCCCAUUGACAUACAAGUCAUCCAGCCGACGCCGUGCAUGUCACCGAGCGGCGGCAGCCAGGAAAGUUUCUCGGACGUGCCUAGGCACACGGAACAGCUGUUGCCGGCCGCGUCCGAGCGAUUCCGGAAACCACCGCAGCCGUCGCGGAAGACAGCCUCGUCGUCGACGACGGCGCCCAUCGCGUGCAUCCGGACGUCAUGCAGCAGCUGCAGCGACGACGCCGCUUCCACGGCCACCACCGUCAACUCGUCCGUGUUCGCCGACGAAUGUUGCUGCGCGACGGCGUCGUCGUCACUACCGCCACAGUUACCACUGACCGACGGCGGCGGCGCGUCGUCAACGUCACCGCUUACAACCGCCGCAGCAGGAUCAGCCGGCAAAGCAUCUUGCGGGAGGCGAUACUCACCGCCGCCGACCACUAACCACGGUAACUGCGGUACGCAUCGGAUCGACGACGAUCGCAGCGCGCCUACAACAGUCGGAGGUGCUGCGGUGUCUGCGGUCAGGUCUUAUCACGAUUUCAACCGCAGGCCACCGCAACCAACGACGGCCACAGUCGGUCGGAACGUGAUCGUAGUCCAAGCGGACGUCAACCCCGUGGCCGACUCGAUCGUCAACGCCAACUCAUUAUCAGGGUCUUUACGCGCGCUGUACGACGCGUCUAAAGAAACAUUGUUCUAGGUUAAGGCUAAGAUACGUCGUGUUAUAUACCUACGUGUUGUUCGAGAAUAA